AAUUGCGCGAAACAAAUGCGCGAUAAAAAAGUGACGUUUUUGUGAAACAAAUUUUUUACCGGUUAUUUUGUGUCUUUUGUAUAAUUUUGUGUAGACAUAAAAACUGAUUAUUCUUUUCAACAGGUUUCACAGGUUUUAACGAUUUUCUCAAAUGUUCUCUAUACACAAAACAUUUACAAACUUCCUUAGAAAUGUCAUUUUACGUCGCGAUUCUAAGAGAAGAUUCACAGUUUGCGUCGAGGGUAAUAUAGGUAGUGGAAAAACGACAUUUUUAAAUAAUUUCAAAAUUUACAAUAACACUGCCGUUCUUCAGGAACCCGUUCAACUUUGGCGUAAUGUUGCUGGUGAAAAUUUAUUGGAACUAAUGUAUAAAGACACAGAACGUUACGCCUGUUUAUUCCAAUCUUAUGUGCAAUUAACAAUGGUACAAUUGCACAAAUUAAAUACUUCGCAACCUUAUAAAAUAAUGGAGAGAUCGGCAUACAGUGCACGACUUUUUAUAGAAAAUAUGAAACGAAAUAAAACACUGAAGGACGUUGAAUUAUACGUUUUGGAAGCAUGGUACAAUUGGUCCAUUGAAAAUUCCGAAAUUGAAACUGAUUUAAUUGUUUAUUUGAGAACUUCUCCGGAAGUUGUUUAUAAACGAAUGAGAGAACGAGCGCGAAAAGAGGAGGACUGUGUGUCUCUUGAUUAUUUACAACAAUUACACAAAAUUCACGACGAAUGGCUUUUGGAAAGAAAAAUAUUUUCACUACCAGCGCCUGUAAUUGUUUUGAAUGGCGAUAAAAAUUUAGAAGAAAUGAUAUCAGAAUUUAAUAUUUGUAAGGAGAAUAUUUAUAACAAACAAAUUUCUUAUAAGCCAACAGAAAAUCUUAAAUCCCAAAGGAUAAAAGAAGCGACAUGAUUUUACAUUUGAAAACAAAAAUAUCAAAUUUUCAAAUUAUUUUCAUUUUUAAAAUGAAUUUUUACUUAAUUUUUUUCUCGUACUUACUUUCACUUUUUCUACUGUUGACAGUUGGAAAAAAAAUGUUAUUUUGACAAAGAGUUAUUCUCUAAAAACUCAUCAGUAUUAUUAUCAGAGAAAAAAGAAGUCAAAAUUUUUUGACUUUAUACAAAUAUUUGUUGACGGAGUCAAAUAUUGACUUGAUAAUUUUUUUUUUUAUUUUUAAAUUUUUUUCACACUCAAUAUUAAGAAUAUAUUAACGAAUUUGGAAAGCAUCUUGUAAAUUACUGUAAAUAAUUUAAACAUUUAGAUUAUUGAAAAUGAUUGAAGAAAUAUACCAAAGAAUAUGUAAAUUCCGAAAAAAAAAUUUUUUUACAAAGGUUGAAUAAAAAAAAUUUUGUUGAAAUUUUCUUAAAAA